CACAGGCUGACAACUGUGCCGCUACCCCACGUACGUGCUCAUAUCCGGAUAGAGAGAGAGAGAGAGAGAGAGAGAGAGAGAGAGAGAGAGAGAGAUUUUUUCUGCAUCCUUUGCUCUGCAGACGCGUGCGUGACAUGCCGUCUGCUCCCGGAUUUCCCUUCAACUUUUUUUGCGGUUUUCACACUGUUUUCAUUGCCGCAUUCCCUCCGUGCGCCGAGUCUUUGGAAUGAACUGUUUUCCUGUCUGCGUCGUUUCCAUGCCAGCAUGGGAACUGCCGUGUCCAAAAGGAAGAAUUUAAGAAACGAUGCGAUAUCCUCUGUGGCAGCAAAAGUUAGUCCGAGGCUGCCUGAAAUGUGGAGAUAAAACCGCUGCAUCAUUAAUCUGCGGGUGGCACAAACCGACAAAGAAGGCAAUUAGAGCAGCGCGAGCAUUUGGAGAGUACCUGUCCCACACACACCCUGAAAACCGAAACGGAUCAGCUCAUCUUCUGUGUGAAACCUUGGUGGGUCCCGACCCGGAGUCGCCAAGUGACACGAUUAGCCCCAACAACAACAACAGCCUCCAUCCCUGCUCCAACGCCACCAAGAGCUGUGAGGACAAACGGGAGGCCAGCCUGAUAAAACCCCCACUGGGCUUACUCCAGCCUCCUCCCCCUUCCAUCACCAUCUCUGCCAAAGCAUCGCGACUGUCCCUCGAGCGCAGCUUCUCAGCGGAGGAAGACCAGCAGAAGUGCGUCGAGUGCACCCUGCAGCCUGCUCGCGUGUACACCAUCACAACCCAGCGCGGUAUGCUGAUGAGCAGCGGCCGGGGCAGCAAGGAGAGCCUAGAACUGGACGUCCUGAAGGAGAAGUCGGGGAGUGGCGGGGUGGGAUCCAGAGGAGGCUUGAUCCAACCCUCCACUUCCCCUUCCUCCACCUCAUCGUCUCCAACUCAGCACCACCAUGCCAGCAGCGGCCGUGGCGCCAGCCACCAUCACAGAAACCAUCACGACACUCACCACGGAAACCACCACCACCACGGCGUCCCGGGAACCAAUGCGCCCUCCAGUAGCGGAGGAAGUAGCGGAGCAAGUGGAAGCAGCAAUUAUCAGCAGCAGUCUUUAUCCGUCGCUGGAUCCCACUCCCAUCAUGGAGCACACCACCACGGCCACCACCAUCACCUGUCUCAACCCCCGCUGCAGACUUCCGUCAGCGCCCACAACAUCCGCGGCUGGGGCGAGGGUGGAAAAGGGGAGGCGGAGUGCAGCGGGCUGGCCUGUGAGUCAUGCAGCGGUGCCCCAUCGCGAAGCCAAGGCUCCCUGGACCUGGAGAGCACAAACCGAGAGGCAGGCAAGCAGCACCGACGCCUAGAGCGGAUGUGGAGUGUGGACCGGGUGACUGGGCUGGAGAGAGAGGACACUAACUGGUUCCCCAAGGAAAAUAUGUUCAGCUUUCAAACUGCCACAACAACCAUGCAGGCGAUAUCGAACUUCCGGAAGCAUCUUCGGAUGGUGGGCAGCAGGAGGAUGAAAGCACAGACAUUCGCUGAGCGUAGAUCGAAGAGUUUCAACCGCUCCUGGAGUGACCCCACCCCGGUCAAGCCCGACUCUCCUCAUGAACCCAGAGACAGUGGAGACCUGCAAGCCUCCUGUGGUACCUUGGAUGAAGGGGGCCUCGAUGACAAUAUAGACUGGGAGGAGGAGCGAGAGAUGGAGAAGCUGGCCUGUGAAGGAGACGACUUUGUACCUCCCAAAAUCAUGCUGAUCUCUUCUAAGGUCCCAAAGGCAGAGUACGUUCCCACUAUAAUUCGCAGGGAUGACCCCUCCAUCAUCCCCAUCCUCUACGAUCAUGAACAUGCAACUUUUGAUGAUAUUUUGGAGGAAAUAGAGAAGAAGCUCACAGCUUACAGGAGAGGAAGCAAGUUCUGGAGGAUGCUCAUCUUUUGUCAGGGAGGCCCCGGUCACUUGUAUUUCCUGAAGAAUAAAGUGGCAACUUUUGCUAAGGUGGAAAAGGAGGAGGACAUGAGCCAGUUCUGGAGGAGGCUUAGUCGCUUCAUGAGUAAAGUCAACCCUGAACCCAACCUUAUCCACAUAAUGGGAUGCUAUGUCCUGGGCAACCCCAACGGAGUGAAGGUACACAGACGCCGAUGCAAAAAGACACGCGAACAACUGAAAACACAAAAGCUCAUCAACACCACUAAAGUUUCAAGCACUAGCACUCGUGUACACCUCUUAAAAAAUGUAACUACAGUACAUGGCAGGUCUACAAAGAUACUGUGCAUAGAGACCGCAAGAACCGCGAUUGCCUGAUUAGCUUGAGCUGCUUGUGUUUUCUCCCAGAAUGUUGAAGAAAGGCCCACUAAUGUUCUCCAUUUAACAUUCAAGUAAGCAAAGCCAGUUCCACUGCAAACGUCUCUUUUAUCACAGUGCAUGAAUGUACUGUAAACAUACUUACUUUGGCCAUAAAUGAUUGCAUGACUGUAAUCACACAUUUGGUAGCGAGACAAACCUUCCCUUAGUCGCUCUUUAUCCCAAAUUGAACACAAGUACUGUGCAGUAUACAGGCAGAUAAUGUACAAUAGAUGCAGAGCAGUAAAAUCUAAUGCAAAACUAUGAAUCAAUUCCUACGCUGGUGGGACCAUCGCAAACCGUCACGCAAGAGUAGGACUCCAAUUCAAUCAUAAUAAGGUCUCUGUUAAGUUGCAAUGUUCAAAACGUAAAUUGAUGUGCCACACAAACUGAUUUAAUAACGUAGAACCCCAAAGGUAUAGUCUUUUUGUUCCCCGUCUCUUAUCAUUUAGGUAAACACUCUCUCGUGCUUGCUCCUGCCUCUCUUUGUCCUCCCGGCUCAUUUCCCUGUUUGCAGAUUUAUUCUAACGGUGUCUGAUAUUCACCAUAUUAACCUCCUGGUUGUCUCAGUUUGUCCCCGUCUCUCCUCUCUUAAUCCACAUGUGUGACUAUCAUCUCACUCUGUGCGAUGUUAUAGCUGAAGCGCACACAUGCUGAGUGAUGCUGCACCUCUCUCUACCUGACAAGAACAUUUAAUAAGACUCAUAACCACACACAUGAAAAUAAAGAAAUAAAAAACACAGACAAGCUGGCAGACACACUCACAUGUACACACACACACACACACACACACACACACACACACAGAUGCACACACAGAUGCACAACAUAGCCAGUGGUGUUUGUCUGACCUAACUGUUCCAGUCAUGUCUGCCAAAAUGCUUUGUUAUAUAAAGUGGAUCUCUCUAGGGUUGAUGGACAGUGUGGCAGUCUGCAGCACAGGCUGCACAUCAGUGAUAUAUCUCCACCCCCCUACAGACAAUUACAGACACAAGCAGUUGUCUCAACAAAGCUUGAAUUCAAAACAACAAAAUUGGCAUUUUUCUUUUUGCAAGAUCCCAAAGUGAUAUUGUCACACUGGUGGCUUGUCUACUGUAGUCUUAACUUCAGUCAGAAAACGGAAUGAGUGAGAUUUAGCUUGAACCUCUCCAGAAGAAUGUGUAAACUAUAAAUCACUUUGUUGUGACAUUGUUCUGCUUUUCAUCAAACCCAUUCUCCACUGGAAACAGCACAACAUGGCCAAAAGUAUGUGGGCACUUACUUGUGGAACAUCACACACAGGAUAUGAUAUGCUGCUAGAACAACCUUCAUGUCUUUCCACAACAUUUUGGAACCUGGCUGCAGGGACUGGCAGAUGUUUAGCCACAGGAGCACUAGUGUGGUCGGCUACUGAUGUUGGAAAAGUUUGAUGGAGCUGAGGCCAUGACUCUCUGCAGGCCAGUAUGUUCUCCCACACCAAACCGGACCUCACGUUGUGCACGGUGGCAUUGUCAUGUGGAAACGGGGAAGGGCCUGGACGCUAUGGUCUAAAAUGUCUUUGUAUGCUGUAGCAAUAAGAGUUUCCUUAAAUUGGAACUCAGGCCGUGUUCAGACAGACAACAGCAACAAGCAAAUUGCUCCAACGCAAUGCAACAUCAUUCAGCAAGGUGCUGCAGUCAAAUCAAAUCUAGUGCUUGGCUCACAUGGUUGAUGACUUUGUAACUUCAUAGUGUUGCGACGAGAGAACGUGAUUUCUGCCAUGAUAACUUUCCAGAGUUAUAAAACCCUGUCUCAUGGUAUUUAAAAAACGCCGUUGGGUGUUUUGGCGCCGGAUAACCCUUCAACUACUACUACUACCUAUUUCAUGGUACCGACUGGUACCUGAAACAACAUGACCCCGUCAGCACUAAAGGGCCUAGCCCAAACCACUUUCUUAACAAUCACAUAA